UACCAAAUAUAUGAUAUGUAUUGAGCUCUUACAGGUUCCCGAAAAUAUGAUGAUGGUAUGAUAUUUUGAAGCAUAAUUUAAAUAUAUAUUUUUAUUCGGGAUUGCACCAAUAUUUUUCGUGUCCUAUUGAGUAUUUCCAUGUACUCACCAUUUUUCCCUACUCCUUACAUGUUAGAAUAAGUAGUUGUUUGGCAGGCGAUAAGGUGCAAUCAUAGUGUCUAGAUUUAUGGAACUCAAUAAAUUAAAUCCGGUGUAAUGUGACUGUGAAUUUUAUUUUCAGCAUUUGUUUUAGUUUUAUUAUUAUGUGGAUUUAUGAUUUGGAACACACUUUAUUUGGUUAUGUUUUUCAUAUGGUUUAUUUUUAUUGAUGGAACUAAAAAUUUCAUAUUGGGAUGUUUGAUAUGCUUAUUUAAUUAUGGAAUGAAACUUUUAGUAACAAUUUAAAUAUUAAAAUUUGGGUCAUUACAUUCUUCCUCUUCCCUUGCCCGAAACAAAAUAGGAAGAGAGCCAAUAGAUCGCUCCCCAAUAGCGAGUUGCGAUCAGCUCUUUCUCUUCCUAUCACUAGGUCGGUCCGUCGGAUUAUAGUGCUUGACAAUUCUAUUAGUACAAUACUGAUGUCCUUCGGGAUCAAAGAAUUCGAGUCUCACGUCAUUAUCACGGUAUCUAACGAAGAUACUUGCAAGUUUCUUUGAAAUUCUCGUGGCCAAAAAGGUUGGAGACUGCAAAAAGGAAAUAUUUGUAGUGGAGUUUAAAAGCUUCAAUGUAAAGCAAACGACUGCGCACAAUUUCAAUUAAUUAGACAAGCUCCUUCCAAUUUUAUAUUAUACCAUUUAGUGCUCUCGUAAACAGCAAUCCACUUUUAGGGAGGCCACUUUGAUGAAUCCUACCCAUGGAAAGAAAGAUGGGCUCGUGAUAAGUUAGUCUGUCCGGUCUUGUUUAGUUGAGCAUAGCUAACACGAAAAAGAAUAAUCAAGCGAGAGAUAGAAGUAUACAGUCUCAGAGCCGAUUGAGUCGUGUAUAGUGGACAGCACUGGAUAUUACAACUAAGCAGUAUUUCGUAUGUUUAUGUCGUUAAUCUUGUCUAGUUAUGUGAGUCUAACAGCCAAAUAUUAAAAGAGAAGUGCUUGGAUUAAAGAGCCACAAUGGUUUGUGCUCCUCUUUUUACUUUUUUAUUUUCUUUCUGCACCAUUUAAUCCUGUAUACAUGCCCAUUAACACGGAUUAUUCUUUAGUUUCCCUUCAGUAUAUAUAACCCUUCAUUCAUUCAUGAAGCAUUGCGCCUUCAAGAAGCAACUUAUCAUUAGUAAAAACAACUUAUUUAGCUGCUACUUAGCCUUAAUUCUUCAUGGCUGCCCCAAACCAAGUGCAAAUUGUGAUCCCUGAGCACAAUGUACUACAAAAUCAGUGCAAUUUUCAUGAAGACAUAAAGGACUUUGAUUACUCACGAAGAGCACAAUGGCCUCGUGCUGCUGUGCUCGGAGCCAACGAUGGCUUGGUAUCCAUUGCAUCAUUAAUGAUGGGAGUUGGAGCGGUUAAAGAAGAUGCCAAGGUGAUGGUUCUUACUGGAUUCGCAGGACUAUUUGCCGGUACUUGUAGCAUGGCAAUUGGAGAGUUCGUCUCCGUGUACUCUCGACUAGACAUAGAAAUUGCUCAAAUGAAGAGAGAAAAGAGAUUGACAAAUGAUGGACAGAAUGAAGGAGAACUGGAAAAGGAAAAACUCCGCAAUCCUUUGCAGGCAGCCAUGGCAUCAGCCCUGGCAUUUUCGUUAGGCGCCGUUGUACCAUUACUUGCAGCUGCAUUUAUAGAAAAUUAUAAGGUGAGGCUAGAAGCAGUGGUGGCGGCAGUCACCUUAGCAUUGGUUUCUUCUGGAGGAAUUGGGGAGGUGAUGGGUGGGGCUUCGGUGGCUAGAUCUUGUUCUAGGGGAGUGGUGAGUGGGUGGAUGGCUAUGGGUGUCACAUUUGGUCUUACAAAGUUACUUGGCUCCAAUAGCCCGGAAAUGUGAUUGCCAAGUUCAUCUCCAAUUUUAUUUUUUUAAAUUUGUGGAAUAAAACUCAGGUUGCGGACA